GUAUACACCAAAAUUAAAUAAAAAAACAAGAAAUACUUCCCUUAUGGAAUAAAUGCUUCAACUCUAGGGCAUCCAUCAUCUUCCCCCAUUCGCCAUUGGCGAUUCGCCAAAAUUCUUUCAAUCCUCAAUCAUCUCAUUCAUUGCUCACUUAAUCUCUUCUUUUACUCGUUAAUUAACCUUCCAAUUGCAGAUUUUCACACACAAUUUGGUUCAAAUCUGACGUAAUCAAAAACCGCAUUGUUAGGGUUACACACACGAAGAUCCGCACGAUUUGUUCCCUAAUUUAUGAGGAUUUAGGGUUGGUGAUUUGAAAUGUGUGAUUGAUAGGGGAUAAUUGAGGAUUUAGGCUUGAAUUUAGAUCGGUUUUCGACCUUGAGAGUAACAUCUGACAGGUACUAAACCUAUACGGAUGAUUCGGUGCCUAGUUAAUGAGGAUUUAGUUCAGAAAUGGCAGACUCGAAGGUCGAUGCCAUACUCGAAUUUCUCAAAAAGAAUAAGUUCGCUAGGGCCGAAGCAGCAUUGAGAUCCGAGAUAGAUAAUCGCCCUGAUUUGAAUGGUUUGAUGCAAGAUCUAAACCUAAAAGAUAAAGAUUUGGGAAGCAAGUUAUUAGAAAAAGUGAGUACAGCUGGCAACCAAGGGAAGGGUUCCUCAACAAGUGACAACAUUGCAAAGGAAAAGCAUAUAGUGAAAGAAAUAGAACGUGGGACAGGAAGGAACGGACCUGAUAGUAAAUUCGAAAUCACUUCCUUUGAUGGAGAGUAUAAUAGUGAGCAAAACGGAGCAACAAGUAAGAAUUUUAUGUUCUCUAAUGGUUCAGAGGAUAAUCUGCUUGAUUUGUACACAUGGAGAUUUGAUCCAAGUAACGGGUCAGCUGAUCCUAGUGAUAACGAUGACGGUAUUAGAACGGAAAACGUGGAGUAUCAAAUUUCGUCUCAAUCAAAAAUUCAUCCAUCUGAGGCUUCUGACACGAAAGUCUCAUUGCUUGGUCCCGUAAGUAACAGUAACAGUAAGGCGAGUUUGGUUCCGAAUAUUGAACUGAAGGACCUUAAUUCGCAACGUCCAACAAGAACCGUUAUGUCAAAGGAUGAUUUUGCGGAAAACCCAUGGUCAAGAAAUGAUGAAUUUUGUUCUGUUAAAACCGUAUUCCCGUUUUCCGAAGGAGAUGCGUCAACCAGUUAUAAUAUUACGAGCCUUGGUACUAGUGAGAAAGAAGGUGGAAAGAGAAAAACCGACAAUAUUAGGGCAGCGAUUAAAGAACAAGAAAAUGAGAUUGGAAGAGCUUUGUAUUUCGGAAAAAUUCAAGGAAACAUUGAGCCGCAAGCUUUUGGUGGGUUGAGUCUUCCGAUUGUUUCGGAGAAUCAGAAAGAGGAGUUACCUAGACUGCCACCUGUCAAACUUAAGUCAACUGAGAAAUUGUCGAGUUUUGCUUGGGAUGAGAAGCAUGAACAUGAUGGGCCUGAACAGAUUCUUACUGCUGACAAUGCUUAUCAUAUUGGAUCUUUUUUGGAUGUUCCUAUCGGUCAAGAAAUAAGUACCUCAGGUUUAAAAAGGCCCGUUGGAGGUAGCUGGAGGUCAAUAAGUCAAGGGAUAACAGAAGACACUUCUGAUCUUGUAUCCGGUUUCGCAACUGUUGGGGAUGGUUUAAGUGGAUCUAUGGAUUACCCGCAUGAAUAUUGGGAUUCUGAUGAAUACGAAGACGACGAUGACGUUGGAUACAUGAGACAACCUAUCGAAGACGAAACAUGGUUUCUAGCUCACGAAAUCGAUUACCCAAGCGAUAACGAAAAAGUUACAAUCCCAGAUCCACAAGAAAGAACAACAAACAAAACCGAAGACGACGAUCAAUCAUUUGCAGAAGAAGAUUCGUACUUAUCCGGUGACCAGUAUUUUCAUUUGAAAAACAUCGAUCCAGUUGCCAAUUCUGAUGAACGUAACACUGCUGUUCAGUAUGAUGGCGAGUUAAUAGAUGAAGAAGAAUUGAGUCUGAUGAGUGCCGAGCCUGUGUGGCAAGGCUUUGUCAAACCAACAAACGAGCUUGUUAUGUUUAACGAACCCAAACCCGAGCGUAGUAAAGAUGAGAAUCAACAAAGUUCGGUUAGAUCAAUUGGUGUGGGAAUCAAUACUGAUGUUGGUGAUUUGGGCAGUGAAGGUGACAUCACUGACACGGAGUAUGUUCAUAAUAAUGAUGUCACUAUUCUGCCGCACGGGUCUGAUAAAAAAUAUCUUGAUUCUAAUAAGCUAACUAAAACUGUAAAUGAAGGUGGAUUUUCGUUUCCUCCUCCUAGAGACGGGCAGGUAAAUAAACAUUCAUUGCCAAAGUCAAAGUCAAAGUCAAACAAUGACAGUAUCAUAGGAGAUAGAAACGAUGACUUGCUUCCACCAUGGAGACGGAAAAGUAACGAUUCUUCAACUGGUAAAAGUUCAAGGGACGAAGAAGAUGAAACUGACGUUGUAGGCUCAGAAACUUCGGGGCCCACAAUGUCCUCGACUUACGGUUUUGCUGAACAAGCCGAUAAAGAGGAAGAUGAGAAAGUUGCCGAUCCAAUAGAAGAAGAUCCAGGUGCAUUAUUGGAAGAUGAAGAGGUAGUUGCUGUUCAAGAGCAAGUGAAGCAGAUAAAGGCUCAAGAGGAAGAAUACGAGACCUUUAAUCUUAAAAUAGUACACAGGAAAAACAGAACUGGCUUCGAGGAGGACAAAAACUUCCACGUCGUAUUAAAUUCCGUCAUUGCCGGCCGUUAUCAUGUGACCGAGUAUCUUGGAUCCGCUGCAUUUAGCAAAGCUAUUCAAGCACAUGACCUUCACACCGGCAUGGAUGUGUGUGUGAAGAUUAUCAAAAAUAAUAAAGAUUUCUUUGACCAGAGUCUUGAUGAAAUAAAGCUUCUAAAGUUUGUCAACAAGCACGAUCCUGGUGACAAAUACCAUCUUCUCAGACUCUAUGAUUACUUUUAUUACCGAGAACAUCUGUUAAUUGUGUGUGAACUUCUUAAGGCAAACUUAUACGAGUUUCAUAAGUUUAAUAGAGAAUCUGGUGGGGAAGUUUAUUUCACAAUGCCAAGAUUGCAGUCAAUAACGAUCCAGUGCUUGGAAGCGCUUCAAUUUCUGCAUGGUCUAGGGCUUAUACACUGUGAUCUAAAGCCUGAGAAUAUUUUGGUGAAAAGCUACAGCAGAUGCGAAGUGAAAGUUAUCGAUCUUGGAAGUAGCUGUUUUGAAACCGACCAUCUUUGCUCUUAUGUGCAAUCAAGGUCUUAUCGUGCACCAGAAGUUAUUUUAGGACUCCCUUAUGACAAAAAGAUAGAUAUAUGGUCACUUGGCUGCAUUCUGGCUGAACUUUGUACUGGCAAUGUUCUUUUCCAGAAUGAUUCGCCGGCUACUUUGCUUGCUAGGGUGAUUGGAAUUAUAUCUCCAAUUGGCCAAGAUAUGCUUGCCAAGGGACGGGAUACACACAAAUAUUUUACCAAAAAUCACAUGCUUUAUGAGCGUAACCAGGACACAAACAGAUUGGAGUACCUAAUCCCGAAAAAGACAUCCUUGAGGCAUCGAUUACCAAUGGGUGAUCAAGGGUUCAUCGAUUUUGUCACUCAUCUGCUUGAAAUCAACCCCACAAAACGCCCAUCAGCUGCAGAAGCACUAAAACACCCAUGGCUAUCAUAUCCUUAUGAACCAAUUUCAUCUUGAAAUAUGCUCAUCGGAUAAAUACAAGUUACAUAACCGUGUACCUUAAUACCUGGGAUAGAGAGAUUUGAUCGUCAAACGGGUUUUUUAGCCUUCCACGUCAGCAAAGGUAAAGGUACGUGCCCGGGUUGGUUCCUUUGCCAAGUUGUAUUUAUAUUUUUGCAUAACCAGAUUAAAAAAAAAAACUUAUACGUUUAGCGCGAUUUUAGUGAUUUUGAUAUUGAUUUGUUGUGGUGGAAGGUGAAUCUUGUUGUACAUGACAGUGUGGCGGUUUAGUAUUAGUUUGUGAAAUAGCCAUUUAACCAUUUUUUGGGUUGGCUUUGUUGUUCUCUGGGCUCUAGCCAUGUGUGUAAGCCACUAAUGAACAUGACAAGUUUUAUGGUGAUGUGAUGAUGUUUUUUGUUCAA